AUGGCCCACAAGAGGCUCACUCUCUCCUCCCCAUUCUGGGAUCAGAUCACCCAAGACCAAAAAAAGGAUGUUAACAGUUAUUCAACAAUGGUUAGUGAUGUGUCUGAAAUAGAGAAGAAUUAUGGGAACUAUGGACACAUUGAUUACGAGUUUCCUCUUGUCUGCUUGCAUUUAUCUGUGGGUUUUUUCAAUCAGGAUGUAGUUUUUGAUUACAAUGACAUGAUGAGAAUCCCUGUGCUUAAUGAUUACAUAAGAAGAACUAAUGAACAGACUGUAAGAGUGAGGGCUGAAACGGGUGAGGAGGUUGCCAGCCAAGAUUUCUUUCUCCCGGGCGUUCUGCCUAAGGUACCUGGACGAUUCUACUAUCUUUUUGGAAAGCCUAUACAAACAAAGGGAAGGGAAAAGGAGCUGAAGCACAAAGAAAGUGCGAACAAGUUGUAUUUGCAGAUAAAAUCUGAAAUUGAAUGCAAUCUGGCUUAUUUGAUUAAAAAGCGAGAGGAGGAUCCUUAUAGAGGUAUCAUUGAUAGAACAGUGUAUGGAGCAAUUUCUUAUCCUAUAGAUCAAGUGCCAACUUUUGAACCAUGAACGAAGGGCGAAUGGGAAUUCACUCCUAGCAGAUUACAAGCGCUGUAUUAGAAAAAAGAAUUUGGUUAUCUUCAGUCGUCAAUAUAUUUGAAGAAAGACUUAUCUAUAUAUGUGUCUCAUUUCUGCUCUGGCAUCCACCAUUACUGUAAGACCCUGUGUUACAUUUCUACAAUGGAUCCUCUCACAAGCUAGACUUCCAGAUUCUUGCUUUAUUUGCAUUACUUUAAAAUCUUAUUAGUUCUCAUGGCUUGACCCUUGUGUCAGCUGCAUUCAA